AUGUCAUCUGAAAGCAACGGAUCGGCUUCCAAAAGAAGGAAGGUUUUAGAACCAUCAAAGUUUAGACCAGGGUUUAUUAGAAAAGUUAGGGUAUGGAACUUCACAACAUAUUCAUACACCGAAUUCAAUCUCUCUCCAACCUUGAAUAUGAUUAUUGGUCCCAAUGGGAGCGGUAAGAGUACUUUGGUUGCGUCUAUAUGUAUUGGGCUUGCUGGUAGCAUUAACUUAAUUAAACGUAAAAACUUGAAAUCGAUGAUUAAAACAGGUCAAGAGAAAUCGUCUGUGGAAAUUACCAUUGAAAAUUAUGAAGGUCACUCACCUAUAGUAAUUAAAAGAGAGUUUACUGCCAAAGAAUCAAAUUGGACAGUUAACAACAAGCGGGCCACUGAAUCAAAAAUCAAAGAUAUAAGAACCAAAUUCAAUAUCCAACUAGACAACCUUUGUCAUUUUUUGCCGCAAGAAAGAGUAGCAGAAUUUGCAGGACUUUCCCCAGAGAAAUUGUUGAUGGAGACAGAACGUACUCUUGGUGAUGGCCAUUUGUUGAUAAUGCACGAAGAUUUGAUUGCCAAAGAUAACGAAAGUCAGCAAUUGGGCAACAAGAUUAAAGACAUUGAAGGGAGAUUAGCCAAAUUACACGAGGAUAGAUCAAAAUUGGAAGAAGAAGCACGAAAAUUAGAGGAGUACGAUAGAAAGUCUGAAGAAGUUGAUAAUCACCGUCUUUUGAUCCCGUAUGCAAAAUACCAAGACUUGAAAAACCAAAGAACUCACCUUAAACGAUUGAGAGAUGAAGCCAAACACAAGCUUCGUACUUUCCAAGCCAACUUUAAACCAUUGGAAAAUGAUAUCGCCAAUGCUGAAAAGUCGAUUAAUGAAGAAUCAGAAAAAUAUUCACAUCUCAAAGACUCCCUCAAGCUGACUCUCAAUGAAAUAAACCAACACAAAAGUACUCAAAAACAAGUUACCACUGAAAUAAGUGAAUUACGAGCAAAUUUAAAGUCUUAUCAAACAAGGGCAGAACAGAAAAAGAAAGAGCUAGAAGAAAUCAAGAAGGAGAUAGCAGAAUUACAAGAAAAACAGAGAGGUUUACCUCAAGUUGAUCCAGAAGAAAUGCAGAAUUUAUCUACCGAGCUGACAAGUAAAAGACAUGAGUUGAGAGACUUAGAAGAGCAAUUUCAAGAAGUGAACAGUCAAAGAAGCGAUAUAGGUAGAGAGUUAACACAUCUCACCGAACAAUUAAGGGGAGCUGAAAAGAGACUUCUGACUAAAGACAAAUUGGAUAUGUUGGUGAGUGAUGCCAGACAGAAUGGGAGAUCUUAUAGACUUCGUGACGAAGCUUUCGAUGUACACAAAAGAUUGCGAAAUGAACCUGAAUACGAAGGGAGAUAUUUCGAGGCACCAGUGAUUUCAUGUAAUGUCCCCGACAUAAAUUAUGCUGCUGCUGCUGAAAAAAUCAUUGACAACAACACAUUGUUUGCCUUUACUGUCACAAACCAGAGUGAUUUUGAUUUUCUCUCCAAGUUCUCGCAACAAACUAAUACCAACACUCCUUUGAGAAUGGUGAAUUCAGUAGUCAACCCAACUCACGAGUAUAGCAAGCACCAAUUACGAGAAUUCGGGUUUGAAGGUUAUUUGUCGGAUUAUAUUGUUGGCCCUAAAGAAGUUUUAUCAAUGCUUUACAGCACUUCCAAAAUUCACACUAUUCCUGUUAGUAAACAUCAGUUAUCUAGUGAGCAAGUGAGAAGAUUAACCAACGUCUCUGGGAAUGACAGAUUGCCAUUUACAAAGUUUGUUGCAGGUGAUACAUUGUACAAUAUUCAAAGAUCCAAAUAUGGAAGUCAACAGGCGUUUUACAUUACAGAAAAAAUAGGCAGAUCACAGUAUUUUGGAGUUCAAGGGUUAUCACAAGAAGCCAAAGAUGCCAUUAACGCAGAAAUCUCCAAAUUUAAGGAGAAGAUUGAGCAGAAAAAGCGAGCCUAUGAGGGUCAUAGAAAUAAUAUUGAUAGUUUCAAUGAACGUUUGACGGAAAUUAAACAUUACAUUCAUGACAUUAAGCGGAAACAACUGGAAUUACAAGAGAUAUCGAAACGUGCAGGACAACUUCAAACCAAGAUAGAGUUGAAAAAAGAAAGAGAACAGAAAUUAGAAAAGGAUUCUAAAAGAGACUAUUCGCUGAAAAUCCGGAUGUUUGAGCAAAAGAUUGAUGAAAAAUAUCUAGCAUCUGGUGAAUUAUUUGCUUCUUUGUCGAAUUCUGUUUUAGAGCUUUGUGAAAAAGAAAAUCAAAUGAAGUUGAAAAAAUUGGAAAUCAUUGGCUAUAAAAAUAAAAAACUUACGGCUGAAAGUUUACUCGAUGAAUUAGGAGCAAGACAGGAAAAGUUGAAAAAUGACUACAACAGAUACAAAAGAGAAUACGAUGAAAUUAAACAAAGUGAGGCAUUCAAAGAAAUCGAAAGACAAAACGAAGCGUACACCGAUGAAGAACGUUCUAGACUUGCUGAUUUGGCCCAGGUUUAUGUUGAAAAUGGCACUUUCACAGAAGCUACUAUUCGUCUGAAAAUAGAUUUGUUGGAGGACGAGUUGUCACUCUUGACAACUGCCGAUAGAGGAUCAAUAGAUGCGUUGAAACAGAAAUUACAGGAUAUACAGUUAGCUGAGACAAACUUACCUUUGCUUCAAACCGAGAAGGAAAGGUUAGACACUAGGAUAAAAGGUAUUCAAGAAGAAUACGAAGGAGAGCUAACGCUGUUGGUUAACAAAAUAUCGUUGGCGUUUAAUAAGCGAUUCACAAAAGUGGCUAGUGAUGGACGAGUUCAAUUGGCGAAACUGGAACGGUUUAAAGAUUGGAAAUUACAAAUUCUUGUUAAAUUUAGACAGGAAUCGGAAUUGAAAGUUUUAGAUCACCAAUCUCAAUCCGGAGGUGAGAGAGCAGUUUCGACGAUUUUUUUCAUUAUGUCGUUACAAGGUUUAACUGAUGCACCAUUUAGAAUUGUUGAUGAAAUCAAUCAAGGUAUGGAUCCAAAAAAUGAACAGAUGGCUCAUCGUUAUUUGGUCCACACUGCUUGUCAAAAUAGCAAAUCUCAGUAUUUCUUGGUCACGCCAAAAUUGUUAACCGGUUUAUACUACCAUCCAGAUAUGGUAGUGCAUUGUAUUUUUACAGGACCAUAUAUCACUGAUAACGAGGAGAAACGUGAUAAUAGUAUGGGUAUGUUAGAUUUUGCUGUAUAA